GGUAUCUUGAUAGACGGCUUCCAACGGCUCACUUUAUCUUGGGCAAAUUUUUAGAUAAAGCCUCUCUCCAUAUGGGUCCUUGCCAAACUUGUGGCAUAGGCCAUUCAGCCCACAUUCACGGUCCUGUCUUCCAACGUGCACCUUGGAUAGUGUUUAUACGUGCCACAUCACCUGUGACGUUGUGGAUUUUUACGUGCAUUUUGAUUGCUUGUUCCAUUGCACAAAUUACAUCUCGCUUUGCUAAGCUCAAAUUCCCGAGUCUCCUCGAAUCCUGCUGAUAAGUUCAACGCAUCAAGUUUUGCCAAUCAUGGCCACGCCAGCUAUCCCAAAUGCUUUCCAGCAACUUGUUGAGGACCUUAGCACCGUGCUCGGCCCAUCAUCAGGCAUCAACGACGUCGAUACUGAGAGACUGAUCGCAUUGAUGGAGAGAUACGUUUCCAUUGAAGAUGAAUGGAAAAACUACGCCUUCAGUGAUUCAUCUCGCCCAUAUACCCGGAACCUUGUUGACGAGGGCAAUGGCAAAAGUAACCUGCUUAUCCUAGUGUGGACACCAGGCAAAGGCAGUGCAAUCCACGACCAUGGCUCCCACUGUAUUAUGAAGGUCCUCAAAGGAGAACUCACGGAGACCCUGUACGACUGGCCCGAUCAACGAAAGGCUUCAGGUAAUGGUUCUGCACCACUGGUUCCGAAACGAGAGACGAGAUAUCAGACAAACCAGGUCACCUACAUGUCCGACGAACUCGGAAUCCACCGGGUGGGGAAUCCAGAUACAAAAGAAUUCGCAAUAUCCUUACACCUGUACACACCUCCACACGUUUCGAAAAACGGUUGCCACAUUUUCAAUGCGCGGACCGGAGCUCAUAUGCACUGCAAUGGUGUUUUGUACUCCAAGUAUGGCGAGCGAGUGAGGAGUUGAGAUUCCUACGAGAUUCGCAUGGAGCCGUCAGACUCAGCUGUGAUGGCGGAUAUUCUGUCAGCUGGCCUGAAUAGCAUAAUGGAGUGUCGUUGGCAACUUCGUUUGUUUCUCAUGUCGGGUGACGGGUAUCAAUAUAUUGGGAGAUGUGACGACGAUUGAGAAUAAGAAGAGCGACUUGAUGUAGGCGCAGAGGUUAGGAAGGAGGAAUACGACAUUUUAGGGAUAGAUAAAGUCUCAUGGAGAGACCUGUAAACUGAUAACCCCUUCGUAGAACCAUUGUAAGGGGGGAGGUUAGAUACUAUGAAGACAUACCUGAUAGCAUUGCCUAGCGCCUACGAUCUAGCCCCCCGGCCGAACCGGGCAGCCGCCUUAGGUGGCUAAUUAGCUUCAAGC